UCCCUGCUGAAGUCGCAAGCAUGCCUGCGAAGAAGAAGCAAGGCAAGCUCAGCAAGGCAGAUAAGGAGAGGUUAAAGAAAGAGGAAGAAGAACGAAGACUUAAGGAGGAAGAGGAAGCUCGUCUGAUUGCUGAGCAAGAAGAGAAGGAGAGGUUGGAAAGAGAACAACAGGAAGAGGAAGAACGCCAGAGACUCGAGUUAAAGGACAGAGAGCGCAGAGGGGAUGAGCUGACUGAACUACGCUACAUACUGGAGGAAAACCAGAGAAAAGUGAACCUGUGGGAAGCUGCAGACAGGAAGAAAGCUGAAUGGGAUCGCUACAUGCUAUGUGAUGGCAGUCCAAACCCUACUGUUGAACCCGAGAUCAACACCUUCAUCGCCCUGUGGAAGGAGGACCCAGAGGUGGACAUCCAGAUCAUCCUAAAACAAUGUUCUUUGGCCUUGCAGCUUAUAGAUGAACUGGACAUUCACUUGAGUGAGGAGACUGAACCUGGGCUUAUUCAGAUGUAUCAGGACACACUUCAGUGUCUGCAGAGUCUCAUCUAUGUCAAACACCAGAUGGCUGCUGAGAAGAUCCUGAAGUCGGCUAGAUCUUGUGCAGACUUCGAGACCGGGAACAUGCAGAUGAUGGUGCGAGAUGAAAACUUCACUGUGUGUUUGUGGGCUAACAUAGAAAAAAAUCCCAGAUUAGUAAGUUACAAUUUCCAGGAGGCAGGGCUGAGCUUCGAGCUUCCUAAACAGCUGGCUUUGAGUGACGUUUGCCUGCGGUUCCUUCACACCCGGUACGAUCACCUGACCCCCGUGAGCCUUCUGAUGCAAGCUCAGAAUAAAAGUCUUGCUACUGAAGAAGAAGCUGAAGCAGAUUCGGAGACCCCUAAAGCCCUGAAUGAUGAAAUGGUGACGGAGGAACGCGAGGGGAAAGAAAGUGUCCAGCAAGAAAAGGAUGAUCUCCAGUCACUUAAAUCAUCUGAAGGCAGGAAGAGUAAGGCGAGUGUGAGCUCAGCUAAAACUGGAAGGAAAGGUUCUUCAGUAAAGUCACAGAAGAAGACAGAGGAGCAUUCGGAGGAAGACAAGGCUGACCUUGAACCCACAGUCGUGGAGCCAGGGAUCGAAAGCGACGAGCCGCAAAUCAUGGAUCUGCAUCAGUACACGCCCCUAGGGGGAGUCUACUACUUUAACUUAUUUCACCUACCACCUCAGACUCUCACCAUCAAUGGCUGGGAGGUGACAGAGUUGUCUCAGACAGGUCUCCAGGACUUCCCAUUUUCCCCAGAACAGCCUCCCAGCUCUGUAUCAGCGAUGCUGGAGGACCGAGGUCCAGUCUCUUACCCCCCUGUAGGGGUCACUGUGGUCCUGCCUGAGUCUGUGAUCUUCAUGCAGGAGCCAAAGGUGGCACGAUGGGACCCAGUCGGUCAUCACUGGCAAAGAGACGGCAUCACCGAUACGUCAUUCAACAGCGAGGCUCACAGCAUGUCGUUUAAGAUGGACUCCUUCUAUCCAUUUACUUUCCUACAGGAGACGCACAUAAACAUGCCGUUUCAGUCUUGGGAGCUUCGACCUCAGGGUCAGGACUCGGUCAUGCUCACCAUCACUGCUGCGCUUACUGAAGUCAGAAUCAGCGUCCAGGGGAAUCAGUGUUUGCUAGAAAUGGACCAGGCUCCUGCACUGAACCAUAUCCUGGGUAAAUGGAUGUCUCUUUCUGCUCUCCAGAGAGCCAUGACACACGCUGGGGUUAACAUAUUUGUUAAAGAGUAUUCGGAUAAGUUCGUUACAGUCAAUGCUAAGGACCCGCUGAUAGAGCACGCAGUGUACGAGCAGAUGGCCUUGGUGUCCUCAGUUUUUGCUUUUUCACGGAGUCGGUGGAACGCUCAGUGCGGACAGGAGCAUGUCGUCCUUCAGGUAUGUGAGCACCUGGAGGCGGGGCCUGUGCCAGAGGAGGCCUGGUCUCUGUACUUGCUCGGUGCUCAGAGGUUUCAGUGUUUGAAGAUGACUGAAGCGAGUGCUGCGUUCUCACCACAGCUGGCCCAGGACACUGAGUUCCACUCCACUUUCCUGCACAUGCUCAGAGACUUCAUCAGCCCAGAGGGGAGGGACAGAUUAGACCACACCCACUACAUCCUUGUUAAUACAGUGCAGAGACUGCUGUGCGCCACCCGCUUACUUAUAUUCUCAUAGUCUCUCAAAGAAUGAGAGACAUUCUCCAAAUGGAUCACAAUUACACAUCAAUUAUAUUACAUCAAUUAUAUCUACUCAAUAUUAUGUGGGUGGGUAUAAUGACUGAUCAGUGUAUGUUUAUAUUAUUUCUUUGUUCAAUAAAAUGCAAUGUGACAUAUCCUGAAGUUAAAAAAGCAUAAGUAGUAUACAUAUUUAAAAAUAAUAUUCAUCAAAAGUAUCUAAUAGGAGACCCUUUAA